AGACCAGACCAGGCUCUGUCUCUGUAUAAAACCAUUGUUGGAGCUGGAAUUUCACCUGAUAUUCAAAUGUUGCACACAUUGGUCAAGUGGUUUUGCCAAUUCCAGAGGACCCAUUUGGCACUUGGGGCUAUCGGUCUUAUUCAGAAGCUUGGUUACCCUCUCUCUGUUAUCCUAUUGACUAUGGUGAUGAAAGGACUGUGCAAUUAGGGGCGAGUCGUGAGGGCGAUAGACCUCUUCUAUGGUAUGGAGAAUUACAAGCUUUUGCCUGAUGUCUUUUCAUUUAACACCCUGAUCAAUGGGCUCUGUAUAGCCCAAAAAGUGGAAGAAGCUAUGGCUAUGCUUAAAGAAAUGGGGAAGAGAGGGUGUCAACCAGACGUCGUGACCUAUAACAUUCUCAUGAAUGGUCUUUGGAAAGAGGGACAGACAGAAGAAGCAAUGCAUUUGUUACAGAAGAUGUAUUGCAAUGGCCUAAACCCCAAUGUCUUCACAUUUAACACUCUUAUGAGUGCGCUAUGCAAAAGAAAUAAGGUGGAAGAAGCCCUGGCUUUGCACAAAGAAAUGGGGAAGACAGGAUGUAAACCAAAUGCUGUCACAUAUAACACACUCCUUGAUGGCCUUUGCAAGGGUGAGAGAACAGAGGAGGCAAUGUCUUUGUUGGAGGACAUAUAUCACAAUGGCUUGAGCCCAAAUGUGGUCACAUAUAGCAUUCUUAUGAAUGCACUUUACAAAAGGAAGAAAGUGGAAGAAGCCUUGGCUUUGUACAAAGAAAUGGGGAGGAUAGGAUGUCAAGCAAAUGUUGUCACAUAUAACACACUCCUUGAUGGUCUUUGCAAAGGUGGAAGAACAGAUGAGGCAAUGUCUUUGUUGGAGGAGAUGUAUCACAAUGGCUUGAUCCCAAAUGUGGUCACAUAUAGCAUUCUUAUAAAUGCACUUUGCAAAAGGAAUAAAAUGGAAGAAGCCUUGGCUUUGCACAAAGAAAUGGAGAGGAGAGGUUCUCAAUCAGAUGUUGUCACAUACAGCAUAUUCAUUGAUGGCCUUUGCAAGGGUGACAGAGCAGAGGAGGCAAUGUCUUUGUUAGAGGAGAUAUAUCACAAUGGCAUGACCCCAGAUGUUGUCACAUAUAACACUUUUAUGAAUGUAUUAUUCAAACGAAAUAAGGUGGAAGAAGCUUUGGCUUUGCACAAAGAAAUGGGGAGGAUAGGAUGUCAACCAGAUCUUGUCACUUAUAACACACUCCUUGAUGGUCUUUGCAAGGGUGGGAGAAUGGAGGAGGCAAUGUCUUUAUUGGAGGAGAUGUUUCACAAUGGCUUGACCCCAGAUAUUUUCACAUAUAACACUCUUAUGAAUACAUUACGCAAAAGAAAUAAGAUGGAAAAAGCCUUGGCUUUGCACAAAGAAAUGGGAAAAAUAGGAUGUCAACCAGAUGUUGUCACAUAUAGGACACUCCUUGAUGGUCUUUGCAAGGAUGGGAGAAUGGAGGAGGCAAUGUCUUUGUUGGAGGAGAUGAAUCACAAUGCAGAUGUGGUCAUAUUACAAAUGUGCUAUGCAAAAGAAAUAAGGUGGAAGAAGCAUUGUCGUUUUAAUAAGAAACUGGGAAAAGUGGUGUCAACCAGACAAUGUCAGGGAAGUUCUGAGUUCAUGAGGUUGCUCCAUCAAAUAGCAUGUAAAGGCAUGGCGACAAAUGUGACUCCAAACCCCUUCUGUGCCAAUUACAUACUCUUGCAGGCAGAGAAAAUCAGUACAAGUUGCAUCAAGUUCGGAAUCCAUUCACGCUACAGUUGCUGUUUCAGCAAGCCAGAAGGCAGUGGUCGCAUCUACUGCUGUGCUAAAGGUUUUUCUAACAAAGAAAUGGGGAGGAUAGGAUGUCAACCAAAUGUUGUCACAUAUAACACACUCCUUGAUGGCCUUUGCAAGGGUGAGAGGACACAGGAGGCAAUGUCUUUGUUAGAGGAGAUGUAUCACAAUGUCUUGAGCCCAGAUGUGGUUAUGUAUAACACUCUUAUAAAUAUGCUAUGCCAAAGAAAUACAGUGGAAGAAGCAUUGGCUUUUUACAGAGAAAUGGGGAAGAUAGACUGUCAACCAGAUAUUGUCACAUAUAACACUCUUAUGAAUGAGCUAUGUAAAAGAAAUAAGAUGGAAGUAGCCUUGGCUUUACACAAAGAAAUGGAGAAGAUGGGAUGUCGACCAGAUGCUGUCUCGUAUAGCACACUCAUCCAUGGCCUUUGCAAGGACGGAAGAAUAGAGGAUGCAAUGUCUUUGUUAGUGGAAGAAGAGAGGAGGUGGAAGAAGCAUUGCCUUUUUACAGAGAAAUGGGACAAAGUUCAUGUUAACCAAACGGUUUCCCGUAUACUGCAGCCAUCGAUGGUUUUUUCAAGGGUGGGAGAACAAAGGAGGCCAUAUCUUUGUCAAGAUGAGAUAUAUUGCGGUAGCUUGAACCCAGAUGUUGUCAGAUAUAACACUCUUAUGAUGUGCAAAAGAAAUAAGGUGGAAGAAGCCUUGGCAUUGCCCAAAGAAAUUGGGAAGAGAGGAUGUCAACCAGAUGUUGUCACAUAUAACACACUCAUCAAUGGUCUUUGCAAGUUCGGAAGAGCAGAGGAGGCAAUUUCUUUGUUAAAGGAGAUGUAUCAGAAUGGUCUGAACCUGGAUGUCUCCACAUUUAACAUUUUGAUCAACAGGCUCUGCAAAGCCGAUAAGGUGGAAGAAGCCUUGGAUUUGCACAAAGAAAUGGCGAAGAUAGGAUGUCAACCAGAUGUCGUCACGUAUACUACCCUAACAGAUGGUCUUGGCAACGAUGGAAGAACAUAAGAGGCAAUGGCAUUGAUAGAGGAG